AUGAACAGACCCAACACGAAUGAGUAUUCGACCUCCUCCAUUACUGCUGUAUCCGCAUCUGCAACAUUAAUCAAGACACAGGGAUCAGGAGAAGACUCUAGCGCAAGCGUGGAUGGUUCUGGUCCUUCAUUUCAACAUCGUAGAAAGCGGAGCGAGAGCAUAGGUGGAAUUAAGAAUUUUGAUGACAGAGAUGCACCGCCUACACCUACCGUUCCUUCACCCAACAAUGCCUCAUCACCCAUUUCGCCUUUUGGAUCUCGAUCAACAGCCGUGCCUGAACUGCCUCCUUUCUCUACAUCUUCAUAUACUGAUGGCCGUAUUGGACCCUUGGAUACUCCACCUCCUUUGUCACCACUAAUGGGCCAAGAUUUAACAGAGGAUUUCUCAUCCUUCGCUGCUUCACAUGAUCAUCUACAUCGUGCAGAUCAAAAUGCUACGGUAGAAUCAUGGCUUAGAGCAACGAACAACAAUGUGGGUGCAGAACAUGAGCACGAAGAUGAAGAAGAAGAUGAAGAAGAAGAUGAAGAAGAAGAUGAAGAAGAAGAUGAAGAUAUGCCGAUUAGUAUCUCAAAUAGGCUCUCGAAACUCUAUGAAUCAGGGUCGAUGCAUCUGAACCAGUCUCAGACUUCGCUCUAUUACUCGACCAAAUCCAACUUAUCAGACCUUGAGGCACUUGAGAUGGCAUCUCGACGGGCUUCACUAGCACAAGACGCACUUGGAUAUAGUUUAGGAUUCUCUCCACACAACUCAAUCCGCUUUUCGCAAUACAGCCUUGGGAGUUUACAUUUAGCGCCGUUGCUACCAUUAGGAUCAUCGGCACCUGGGCCUUCGUCAGGGUUUUUGAAGGAUGACAAUCCAGCACCACGAAGACCUGUAUCCAUGUUUAUGCCCUUUGGUUCGAAUAGUGUGUUAGAUACGGACGAUAAAAAUUUGGUCGAUAUAAAGAUAUAUCGUUCUACAGAGCAGGAGGUCGAUCAUAAUGCGGAUGUAGAUGUUGAUGCGACUCCAACUAACCUUUCUGUCGCUGAUACAGCUUCAUCUUCAUCAACGUCACUACGCAUACCUGGGGGAGCGAGGGGGAUGCGUCCUAUGACGAUAUGCUUGGGUUCGGAAGAUGCCAACAAGAUUGCACCCUCUUCGGAUCUAUCCGCAUUCAUUACACCCGAUAUGUCUACUGAGAGUCAACGAGAGGCGGCAGUGGCGCAGGCGUUUGCUUACGCUGCGAGAUGCUAUGAAGAAGAUGAGACAUUUUUAAAGCGCGACGAAAUCGCAGAGUACCUCGGAAAACACAAACCCUUUCACCAACUUGUGCUUGCUCAUUACAUGGAUCACUUUGAUUUUACGGACCAACGGCUCGAUGUUGCUUUCCGAAAUUUGUGUCAUAAACUUAUCCUCAAGGCUGAAACCCAAGAAGUCGACCGUAUUUUGGAGGCAUUCGCACAGCGAUAUGUCGUUUGCAAUCCCAGGUCAUUACUUGGCGGUGCUGACAAUGCUAAAGACGUGGUUCACGCGAUUAUCUAUUCUGUCUUGUUGUUAAAUACAGACUUGCAUAUUGUUCAACAGUCAACUAAGAUGACGCGUUCUGCCUUCAUAAAAAACACACUGCAAACUAUUCAGCUGCAGUCUCAACAAUCCCUGGGUCGAGCAGAAGACACUAGCAGUACUCUGUCGGCCAGUGCCCCUAGCUUGGGACUGCCUCGAUCUGCAACAGGAGAGUCAGGUUCUGAUGGCACUCUAUAUCCGGGUCCGAAGAAAAAGACACCAAGUGUUAAGAGCUGGAAGAGCGGACAAAGUCACCAAAGUGGGUUCGCUCAAGUCUUCGGUGGCCAUCAACAGAAUCCUAGCAAUAGCAAGAUGGGAACAGAUGCAAAGGCCAAUGGGGGAUACGGGAAUGGUAAAUGGUGGUUUCAGGAGUUGGAAAGUCUGUUAAAAGAUAUUUACAACUCUGUGAAACAGAAUCAAAUCCUUUUGCCAACAUCGUCAACAGCUAUGGCAUCUUCUGGGUCGAAAUCAAACAUUACCAUUUCUUCACCGCCAAUCUCGCCAACUACCACAGGAGGUGGAUCAUCUGUUUUUUCAACCAAUCGAAUGAGUCGACUUAUUUUUUCAUCUUCAUCAUCCGGCUUGCUGCAACAAUCGCAAGACUUGAGUAGUGGGUUUGGUGUAGGGAUCUCUGGUAGACGAAGCUCUAUCAAUGCUCGAACGAGGCAACUGAGGAAUGAUGCAUUGCAGCGUUUAAACGCUCAGGCACAUGCUUCUGUAGAAAACGAUCAUCUCCUUGCUUCAAUUCCAUCUUCAACUCCGUCAAAUUCAAUUUCCCGUUUUAGUAUGAUGAGCUCAUUGAUGGUUCCUGACUUGACAGGGUGUAGUCUCAGUAGGGACCUUGACUCCAACAAACGUACAGGAGAAAACCAGAGUCAACAUAGUUCUAGCAGUCUACUAUCUACCCUGACCUCACAAACGAACACUUCGACCUCCAUGUCUCUGACUGCGUCCUCGGCAUCUCAGAAUAGCCUGACUUCGCUCCAUUCUCAGACCACAAGCAUGCUCUUCACAGGCCAAGAAGAUGGCUGCAAAAGAUUGCGAGAACAGUCGCAAGAUCAAGUACUAGAUCCAAAGAGGCUGCUGCAUGAACAACAUAUCCAGAGCAGGUACCGAAUAGAGGGUAUACUUUGGCGAAAGCAUCUGCUGGAACGCACGGAUAAAAAGGCCCAGCAUCGAGCCUGGCGCCAAUUGCUUGUGGUUGUCGAUCCGGAUCAAGGGACGCUCUCGAUGUUCCGCUCCGAUGGUAGCUUACCGAAGCCACCUCCACCAUCACAUGGACAUCACCAGCAAUCUCUGGAUUAUGACGCUGAUGUACCACUCUUUGAUGAAAUUCCGUUGCAGCACACCAUCACCAAUAUCCUUCCGCCUCCUGGGUACUCUACAUCGAGGCGACACGUCUUUGCAGUUCAGCUCCAUACUGGAGCUGUUUAUCUUUUCCAGACGAAAUCGCCUGCAGAGUGUGAGGCGUGGGCGAGAACAUGCAAUUAUUGGGCUGCCAGGACGAGUAAGGAACCGUUGGUUGGGGGUGUGGUCAAUAUGGAGUAUGGCUGGGGUAGAGUGUUGGAUGCUCAAGCCAGGGAGGAGGAACUAUCUCAGAGCCCUGUACCGAUGAGUAAAGGAUCUUUAAGCAGCAACAAUCUUAGCGAUAUCGAUUUCGAAGCUGGGCGAAGUAUGAGCUAUUUAAAUGGUCCUCCAAGCUCUACCGGUCCUGGUUCGAGUGGUCGGAGUCGAAGUGCCUCUAUUCGGUCAGGAACCCGUGGAUCUAUUUCUUCAGGUUCUGGAAUUACCAUGUCAGGAAUCAGUAUGGGAACUAAUGGAACCAAUUCCUCAUUAGGAGACAGCGUGGUGCUGUUUGAUUGGGCUGCUCCAAUGCCAACCAUGUCCGUGAGCACACUCAGCGAGGAGGAACAGAUGCAGGUAUUGCAGAAGUAUGUUGCAGGACUAGAAGCUGAGAUGGAGGAGCAUCAGGAAUAUCGUAUUCCUAUGUCCCGUUUGUUCCUACCAAAGACAGCCAACUUCACGAAGGCCUUCAAUAAUUGGGAACGACGAUCCCGAUAUCUACUCAAGGAGAUGGUCAAGUAUCAGAUCUACGUUGAAUGUCUGGAGCAGUCAAUUCAACUCCAAGAGCAACUUUUGUUGCAGAUGGAGAGGACACCACAGGGAGAACACCAGGACUUACUUGAUCAAACUCAAGGUCAUCUACUUGAAAGCCAAGAUCAUCAAGGUCCUCAAUAUCUUCAGAGACAUGUUAGAAUGGAGGAUGACCUAGAAGCAGAGUUGGCUCGUCUGGUCGUUCAUGAGAAUCUGUUGUAG